AAUGUUUACAUGCGGGCGGGAGCGGGACAAACUUGAAUAUUGCGGGUGGGAGCGGAAAAAAAUAAUCUAUAUUGUUGCGGGAGCGGGACUGAAAAAUCUGUCCCACGCAGGUCUCUACCACAAAGACAUCAAGAAGACAACUACAUCGCGUUGCAGUUAAAAAAAACUUCUCAAUUCAUGGGUUUAAAUCUCAAAGGCGUUUAUUUGUGUUGCUCCUGGAUUAUCAGUGUCACCUCUUUUUUGGUAAGUGUUCCUGAAAGGCGUUUGAUGGCAAUCCGAGGUCAUCCGGCUGUACUGGGCUGUGAGUUCACAUCUGAUUCUGACCUGUCCAGUUUGGUGGUUACCUGGCAACGUCAGGAGGACUCACAGGUCGUCCACAGUUUCUAUUAUCAACAGGACAAAUUGGACCGACAGAGUCCCGAAUAUAGCAAUCGAACCUCAUUAUAUAUUUCAGAGCUUGGCAAAGGAAAUGCCUCUCUUAGAAUAUAUCCAGUUCUACCAAAGGAUGCAGGCCAGUAUCUGUGUCAGGUGAGCAAUUUUAAAGGGACAGGAAAAGGACUGAUAGAAUUGGACUAUGGAGCUCUUUAUUCAGAGCCCAGGUUGGGAAUUCAUGUGAACUCCACCGUUGUGACACUGCAGUUUGAGACUGAGGGUUUCCCCAAACCUGAGGUGAUCUGGCUGGGGGAACAAAACCAGAGCCUCAGCUAUCACCUGGACAUCCAAGACCAGACAGAAGAUGGCCUUUUUUACAUAAAAAGCAGUUAUGAGGCACAAAAGCCAGUGAUUAAUGUCACAUUUACACUAAAGAACCACCUUCUGAACCAGAACCUGCAGAGAUCGGUGUUCCUCAGCUAUGAUGAGGAUGGAGAUGGCCACACUGCGAUCAUUAUUCUCUCAGUACUGAUUGUCAUUCUUUUUGCUGUUGUGAUCUUUGUACUAUUAAGAAAACAAAUAAAAUCCUACCUAUGAUCCUCCAA